UAAUGAUUCUCCUUUCCUUUUAUGUUUUAGUUAGUCUUUGUUUCCUUUUUCUAGAUCAGUUUAGUUAGUUUCUAUAUUAGCUUAUUUAGUCUAAGAAACUCCAUAAAACCCUCUUUAUCUUUUCUGUACUUCUGCUGUCCAAUGCCUCUUCCACCAUAGGCAAACCAGUGCCAACCAAAUCACCCCUCCCUCGCCCCUUGACACGUGCUUUUGCCCGGGAACACAACAUUUUGGUUCCGUUGCCGGCCGUCAAUAUGGGCGAAUUGAAGAAGCUCCAAGACGAGAUGCGGGACAUCCACUUAUCUCUGCAGAAACUGGAACACCUGCCAGCCACCGUGCAAAAACUGGAAGAAUUACCUGCUACCGUUCAAACUUUGUCUGAAGCCGUUGCACACCUCACGGCGGUUGUGAACUCCUUUGUCGCAAACCCUCAUCUCCCAACGACCUCCACUGCUGUCACGCACUCUACCUCUAGCCACGCCACUCCAGAAACUGCCGUCCUAACACCACCAGAUCCCACUCCAUCCACUCGUGUCACCCGACUUGAGUUUCCGAAGUUUUCAGGCAUAGAAGACCCACUCGUGUGGUUACAUCGCUGUGAAUUGUUCUUUGACAAAUCCCCCCUCAGCGACCAUGAGAAAGUCUCCACAGCAGCCUACUAUAUGUUUGAUGUGGCGCAGCUCUGGUUCAAAAAACGCCUCCAGGAUGGCCAACAGUUUUCUUGGGCGCAAUUCAAAGAGGCUUGUAAUCUUCGCUUUGGACCUCCUCGCAGCAUCAACCCCCUGGGUGAACUUGCGAACCUCAAACAGAACAGCAGGGACUUUGAGGACUUCAUAGAUGAUUUCCAGACCCUCCUAGCUAGAGCGGACAACGUCCUAUACUCCCAACAAGUAAGUUUAUUCACUGCAGGCUUGGAUGAGGUUCUACGUAUAGAUGUUGAAAGGAUGCGGCCAGUUUCUCUUGAUGAGGCCAUUAACAUAGCACGUGAUUAUGCUCGUAAAGGCCUCCUGCUUCACCAUGCACCUCCCCGGCAACCUGUCCCAUCCCAGACACCACCUAGUUGCGCUAUAACAGUGCACCAACAGCCACAAUCACGCCCUCCUCGGUUCCAUAAACUCUCCCCAACAGAAAUGAUGGAGCGCCAAAAGCUAGGCCUGUGCUAUAAUUGUGACGAAACAUGGGUAAAGGGCCAUCGUUGCAAACAACAACUAUACAUGCUUGGCUUUAAUGGCGAAGGGGACGAUGAGCCAUUUUACCCACCGGCGCCAGACUAAUCCAUUCCCAUUUUUUCUUGAUUUCAAGCUUGAGGGCAAGCUUGAUGUCCAAGAGGGGAGUAAUGAUAUGUUCUUUACUAUUAGAAUUGAUUU